UUUUUUGCAAGAAAAAUGAGCAAAAAUGAUCAAGAUUCCCAAAAAGAAAAUAAUAUUCAUAAAAAAGGGGGUUUAGAAACGCCUAUAUUAGAGUCUUCUAAGCAAUCAAAGAUUUCAACAAAUGGCAUUCCAAGAAAGAAAAAUUAUCACAUUAUAUAUGAUCCAGAGCUAAUAUCUAAAGAACAUAGUAAGGGAAGGAAAGCAAUAUACCGUUUUGAUGGGGAGGCGGACCCUCCAUUGAUCAUAGAAGAUCCACGUUUAAAAACACUCAAGUAUGGAAAAGAGAAAUCAAGGGGAAGAAAAACAUAUAUGUCAAUUUUGAAAAAAGUAGAAUUUGAUUUUGAUGAGAAUUCGAUUGGACCAGAUCCUCCAACUCAAAUUCUUGUUUCUAAUCUUUCUACUUUAACAACUAGUGAUAACAUAAGUAUGCACUUUAAAACAUUCGGUGAUAUACAAGAAUUAGAGAUUCAAGUAAAUCCAAUGACUGGUACAUCAUUGGGUUUAUGUCGUAUUCGUUAUCGUAAAAAUCAAUCAAAUAAGCUUCAAGGUCAUCAUGCAGCAAAAAAUGCAGUAGAAAAAGGGAAUGGAAUGAAAGUUGGUACAAAUAUUAUUAAAGUAGAAUAUGAUGAAAAUGGUGUAAAAUGCAAAGCAAUUAUUGAAGAACACAUAAAGAAAACAUCUUUGACAAACGUAUCAUACUCACAUAAAUAUAGAAGUUCAUGUCCAGAGGAAUCAAUGAGACGAGAAGAAGAAUAUAGAAAUUCUGAUUCAAUACAUAGAAAAUUAUCACGCGAUCAUCGAAAUUAUGAUCAUUAUUCUCCAAAUAAAAAUGAUACUCGUACAAACAACAAAGCUUAUGGAUAUUCACAAAAUUCUUUAGGUUUAUCAAGAAUAUAUAACAGUAAUUCUCAAGACUUUAAUGAUGAUUUUGAAAAAUCAGAGGAACAUACGCAUGAAACUUCUAUUUCUAUGACUGCCGAUAUUUUAAAGAAAAUAAAUAAGAGCCCAUAUAUUUUUAUAAAUGAAAAAUGUCUCCCAUUCAGUAAAUUUUCAAUAAAUGACCUUAAAAAACACUUAAAUAAACAUGAUUGGACAGAUAUUUGUAUUGAUAAAAAGGGAUUUUACAUAAUCUUCAAAGACAAUCAAUCAGCACAAAAAUGUUUUGUAACAAUGAAUCAAACAUCUAUAUAUCAAUAUCGUAUUACAAUGGAUCUUCAUCGAUAUACUCCUACAUUAAUUGAUCAAAAUUCAAAAUUUAAAAAUUCGUUUCAGCCUGUAGAUAAUGUAGCCGAAGCAACAAAUAUAAUAAUUAAGGAAUUGUCGCAAGUAUUUAUGAAAGAUUUGAAGACAAAAAUUAUUGGACCGUUGCUUUAUGAACUUCUUGAUUCCUUUAGAUUUUCAUCAGAAAUAAAACAUGAAAAGAAUAAUUUAGCCAUUAGAAUGAGUAAUAUUAAAUUAAAUGAAAUAGAAUCAGGAAAUCUAAAUGAUUAUUCUACAUCAAAUGCUAACUCAAAAACAAAUGAAUUUUAUUCAAAAACAAAUGGUCUUUCAUUUGAUGGUAUAUCAAAAAGAUUUUCAGUACUCCCAAAAUUUAAAAAAAGGACUCAUGAUAACUCAUAUGGGGGGGAGUCCUUGCGCGAUUCUUUAAGACGAUCAAGGAAUGUUGAUUCUAGACCCCUUCAUCAUCGUUUAAACGAUUUUGCUAAUUCUCAUAAUUCUGAUUCAGAUAACUCAGAUACAGAUAAUCAAUUUCAAAAUAUGUCAUUUUCUGAUUCUGAAAAAGAAGUCAGUGAUGUUAGCACAAGAGAUUAUAAUAAAAGUUCAAAAAAAGUAGCAGAUUCUAAGAAAAAAACAAUAACAAUACCUCGGUUAAGAGAUUAUACAAGUUCUGAUGAUGACAUGUCUACGAGUUGCGAAGAUAACUUUUUGGAACAGUUUCAUAAAAGAGAUGGAUUUGAUAAAAAUAAGAAGAAACCUACAAGUUAUGAAACUAUAUAUAGUAAUAUUUCAGAUAAGCAAACAAAAGUAAAGAAAAAUAAACGUCAAAAUAUCGAUUUUACAUCAAGUGAAGAACCUUCUUCGGAAUUUCUUAAAGAAGAUAUAGAAGAUAUUCAAAGUUCUGAAACUGAAACUAACGAAAGUCAACUAUCAGAAUACGAAGAGAAGCCAAAGAAGAAAAAGCAUAAGAAAAAAUCUUCAAAUGAAAUUAAAAAAGUUAAUAAAUCUAUUAUAAGUAAUGAACAUGCGAAUUUAGAUGAAAAUUAUCAAAUAUCAUAUACUUCUACAAAAACAUUACUAUUAGAUGACGAUGUUGAUAUUCUACUCGAUAUUUAUGGAAUCCAGAGCAUAGUUAAAGAUGAGGAGGAUUUUAUGUUCUUAUUAGAAGCAUUAAAACCAGUGGAGUCUGCUAAAAUUGAUAACAUUGCAUUAUGGGCAUGGGGGAAAAAAGAGAUUAAAACUAGUAAUGUAGAUGGAUAUCCAGUAGUAACUAGGAUUCCUAAAGAUAAAAAAUAUAACAGAAUAAACAAAUCUGGUUCAGCUAGGACAGAAGGUUAUUUUACUAUUACAGAUGCAGAAAAAUCACUAUACCUCCCUUUAAGAAACAAAGCUAUUAUAUCAACAGAUUCUUUAACUACUUCUACCACUUCUAGAAUGAAUCGUAUUAAUAAUCGUCGACUUGCUGUUGGUAUUGAAAUGCAAAAGAAAAUUUCGAGUAGUGAAACAGAUAUUUUACGGUUUAAUGCUUUAAAAGUGCGCAAAAAACAAUUAAAGUUUUCUAAAAGUCCGAUUCAUAAUUGGGGAUUAUAUGCAAUGGAACAUAUAGAUAUGGGCGAUAUGGUUAUUGAAUAUGUAGGUGAAAUUGUUCGACAAACAGUUGCCGAUAUUAGAGAAAGGCAAUACGAACGUCAAGGAAUUGGAUCUAGUUAUUUAUUUAGAAUUGAUGAUGAUACAGUUGUUGAUGCAACUAAAAAAGGGAAUAUAGCAAGGUUUAUUAACCAUUCAUGUGAUCCAUCUUGUACUGCAAAAAUUAUUCGUGUAGAAGGAGAGAAAAAAAUAGUUAUUUAUGCACAUCGUGAUAUCGAAAAAGGCGAAGAAAUAACUUAUGAUUAUAAAUUCCCUAUUGAGGAGGUUAAAAUACCUUGUUUAUGUGGAGCAAAAGUUUGUAGAGGGACAUUAAAUUAA